AUGGAGGAGAGGCAUGUUAUUUUCGGGAAGUAUGAGAUGGGGAGGUUUUUAGGCAAGGGAACUUUCGCUAAAGUUUACUAUGGGAAACACUUGGUGACAGGGGAGAGCGUGGCAAUCAAAGUGAUAAGCAAAGAUCAAGUGAAGAAAGAAGGCAUGAUGAAGCAAAUCCAGCGAGAAAUCUCAGUCAUGCGUCUUGUUCGUCAUCCAAACAUUGUAGAACUCAAGGAAGUCAUGGCUACGAAGACUAAGAUCUUUUUCAUCAUGGAGUAUGUUCGAGGUGGUGAGUUGUUCGCCAAAGUAGCCAAAGGAAGGCUCAAAGAAGAAGCUGCUCGAAAAUAUUUCCAGCAGCUAAUCAGCGCAAUUGAUUACUGUCACAGCAGAGGUGUUUUCCACAGAGAUUUGAAGCCAGAGAAUUUGUUGCUUGAUGAAAACGAAAACUUGAAAAUCUCUGAUUUUGGCUUGUCAGCCUUGCCUGAACAAUUGUGGCAAGAUGGACUUUUGCAUACUCAGUGUGGGACUCCUGCUUAUGUCGCCCCAGAAGUUUUGAGAAAGAAAGGCUAUGAUGGAUCGAAAGCUGACAUAUGGUCAUGUGGGGUGAUUCUUUAUGUUCUUCUUGCAGGAUGCUUGCCAUUUCAAGAUGAGAAUGUUAUGAAGAUGUACAGGAAAGUUUUCAAAGCUGAAUACCAGUUUCAGCCUUGGUUUUCGACAGAUGCUAAGAGGUUGAUUUCAAGACUUCUUGUUGCUGAUCCUGAAAGGAGAAUCACAAUUCCUGCCAUAAUGAGAAAUCACUGGUUUUUGAAAGGGUUUUCAAGACCAAUGGCCUUCUCAAUCCAGGAACCAAGCACAGAUAACACAGAACAAGAUCAAGAUCUUGAUUCUUGUUCCGUUGUCAAGCCUAAAGUAUCAUCCCCAAAAUUCUUCAAUGCAUUCGAGUUCAUUUCCUCAAUGUCAUCCGGGUUUGAUUUGUCUAGUCUUUUUGAGACUAAAAGGAAAUCAGGGUCAAUAUUCACUUCAAAAUUUUCAGCAAGUGCUAUCAUGGAAAAAAUUGAAGGGGUUGCGAAAGGGCUGGAUUUUAAGGUAGCAAGAGUUAAAGAUUUCAGAGUGAGGUUACAAGGUCCAUGUGAGGGGAGGAAGGGGAAGCUGGCAGUGACGGCAGAGGUGUUUGAGGUGGCGCCGGAGGUUGCUGUGGUGGAAUUCUCCAAGUCUGCCGGAGAUACCUUGGAGUAUUCUAAGUUCUGUGAGGAAGAUGUCAGACCUGCAUUAAAAGAUAUUGUUUGGACAUGGCAAGGUGACAAUGCUUGUAAUACUGACAACAACAAUAGUCAUUUAGAGGAUUGUGAACUUCAAAACUUGUAG